GUGCUGGAUUGGCUGCUGCAGCUGCACUAAUGCAAGCAGAUCUGUGACCUUCCCUAGAGGUACAGUCAGCUAACAAUUACAUGCCUUGGUGUCUGUGAACCAUGUCAGGAAUCCCUUGUGCUGAUAGCUUAAUGUGCUGCAUUCUUUCCAAGGUCUCACAAACCAUAAAGAAACCUAGUCCAGGUGAUUUAUGCUAUGGCUUUUCUAGUAGUGGGUUUCUGCCUGUGAUAAGUUGAGGAAGUGGAAUAAAAUCCUUCUUCUCUCCACAACUGAGCAGAGAGACAAGACCAACGCUUUAGAUCUAAUUCUUUAUGGUGGCUGAAAGUUUCAUCUGCAGGCCCCUGUGUUAUAGCCAGGGUAAAAGGCAAGUGCUCUGGGAGGGGGAGUCUUAGUGGAGUGUAGAUGGGAUACCGUAUUUCCAGUUCCAAAAAAGAGGACACCUGUUGUGUGCACAGCGGGGUGGGAGGGUAUAUGACUGUGAGGGGCAGUGAUAUGAUGGUGCCCUGGCCCUGCCCAUUCUAUUGCCUCUCACUCCCAAACCACAGACCCCCAGCCCUGCUGCAGCCCCUCCCUCCCAACCUGGGGACCCCUAGCCCUGCCAGUGGCCCUCACUCCCAACCCACAGGCCCCUGCCCCUCACUUCCAAGCCACAGGUCCCUGCUCCUUCCAUCCCCCAGCUGCCCACCCCUGCAACCUUUUUCACACAGUGGGCUGCUGUCUACAGCUCGGCCCCCUCCGCAAGUUGCAGCCCCGUGCCCCAUAUUGAUCAGACGCCACUGCAAGAGGAAUGGAUAGAAAAAGGCAGGUGGUAGGAUCGUGGGGAUGUCUUCUGUGCUGAGGCAAAGAAACUAAACUGAACCUGGUAGGUGUCAGGACCCUCGGGACAUCUCCUUUGCCCCCAGGCGGCCAGACAUUUCCCAGGUGCCUGCACAUCUCCAAGUGUCUGCAGGCACCUCUGCCCUCACACAGCUGAUCGCAGACAUUUGAUUAGAUUUAAAAAACCAGCCCAGACAGAGAUUGGAGGAUCAAAAAAGAGGACAUGUCCAGGAAAACCUGGAUGUAUAAUAACCCUAUAAUGAGGGUCCUGUAGUGUAAUUGGUAACUGCUAAUCCUGAGCCAAGGUCUUCUUUGUAAACUGUAGGGAACGCUAAUGCGGGCAGAUCCCUAAUGCCAGAGAAAGUCUGUGUAGCACCUUUGGUGCCUGCCACUUUAAGGGCUCAGAGCAGGCAGCUGAGUGGCUGGCAGGUGCAGGCCCCGCCCCCAUGAUGAGGCAGUCACAUGACUGCAGGCGGGCCAUGGGAUUGGAAGAAGAGGCUGAAUAGCCUCCAUUUUAACUCAGGGCUGAGGCAGCAGUCUGCCCGCUGGCUGCUGCUGCUCAGCUCAUGCUUGGAGUCCAUAGGCAUUGAUGAAGCCAUGCUUAGGCUACGAUUAUUAACAUGGGACGUGAAGGACACAUUAAUCCGGCUCCGGCACCCAGUGGGAGAGAACUACUCUGCUGAAGCCCGAGUUCAUGGAAUCCAGGUGGAGCCAGAGGCUCUUAAUAAGUGUUUCCAUCAGGCCUACAAAAUCCAGAGCAAACACUUCCCUAACUAUGGCUUGAACAGGGGGCUCAGCUCCAAGCAGUGGUGGGUGGACGUUGUGAAACAAACUUUCAGACUCUCUGGUGUCCACGAAGACACAGUCCUUGCACCUAUUGCAGAAAAGCUCUAUCAAGACUUCUGCAUUGCAUGCAACUGGGAAGUGUUACCAGGUGCCACAGAGACUCUGAGGCAGUGCAGCCAGCAAGGCAUCCGCAUGGCAGUCAUUUCCAACUUUGACAAAAGGCUGGAGAAGAUUCUGUCCCAGUGUGACCUCAGGCACCAUUUUGAGUUUGUGUUGACCUCUGAGGAUGCUGGCUUUGCCAAACCUGACCAAAGGAUCUUUCUGAAAGCCCUCCGCAUUUCAGGGGUAGCUCCCCAGCUGGCAGCUCAUGUGGGGGAUGAUUACAUGAAGGAUUACAGGGCAGCCAGAGAAGUGGGCAUGCACAGCUUCUUACUCAAAAGAGCUGGGCAGGCCAACACAUGGGAGUCAGAUGUACCAGAGGAGCAUCUCUUGCCUUCACUACCCCACCUGCUAUCUGUUAUCAAAAAGGAUUAAGAGGGAGCCCCUGACUUCUCAGCAGAGCCCUCCAGUGGGAAAGAAGGUUGCAGACAGUCCUGGUAGGAAGAAUUGGGACCAAUUGUGCUGCUACGUGGAGGUGGAAGGCUGUGUGGCUUUAUUUUUCACCAGGUGAAUCAACUACACUGUAGAUACUGUUUGGUGUCAUUUCCAUGCUGCAAAGAGGCACUUACUAUCACCAUAUACAGCAAAACCCUAGGGACAGUCUUAAAAUAAAAUCCUUACUGUGCUCAGUA